AUGUGGGACCGACAGAGACAAGCCUGGACCUUCGUCCUCCUGGGCAACGUGCUGAUGAACACCGUGAUUGCCACCCCGCUCUACGUUCCCCAAUUCAUUCCAGGAAGCACUGGAAGGAACAUCAGGAACCUGCCCUGCGUGUCACGGCGAACCGGCGAGACCGGCGUUUGCAUGUUCGCGUUCACAUGCGCGAAGGCGAACGGCACGCACCUCGGCACCUGCAUCGAUCGCUUCUACUUCGGCAGCUGUUGCAAGAUCGACGACGAGCCGGACAUAUUUCCGCAGGACAACAGCAUCGACGACGGGACGCCGGCGAGGCCGUUCGUUACGACCAGCGGGCCCAUCGAGAGCAACGACAUACCCGCGUACUUCUCAAGGCCGAAGCCGAUCGCCGAGAAGAAACCGCCCGGAACGCAGCCGGUCGAGACAACGACCGCCGGUUACACCGUCCAAAAUACCCAAGCGGCCACGACGAUCGUAAAAGAAUCGACGAGACCGGCGACGAGGAAGCCGAUACUCACGACGACCAUCGAAACGACCACGCAACCGGUUCGGUUAUCGACCUUUCAGACCGUGCAGAAUUCCUCCGUCGCAGAUUCGACCACGGAACCGCCGCUCGCCACUGUUCCGCAGCAGCAAAAAACCUCGGUCACGACCGAAACCACGAGCAGACCGAGCACUCAGAGCUCCUCGGUCACGCGGAGGCCAACGACGCCGGAAACCGUGACGAAAGGGCCAUCCACCACGCAAACGUCCGUCCAGACGACGAGGCCGAUCACCAAGAAGCCGAUUCACUCGUCCUCAUCCCAUAAACCGACUGCCAGUCACAAACCGAUCUACACGACCGUCCACAAGCCUGCGGAAACAACGACAGGCAGGCCUCUUCAGGAAACAACGGAGACAACGGAACCGACGACCUCUAGGACAGUGCUUACUACCACGACCCAGAGGAUCGUGCCAGCAACGAGAUUCCCGCCCAGAAAUGCCACUACUAUCAAACCGUCGACGCAAACUAGUACCAGGAGACCUGUCAGCAGCACUAAGAAGCCUACAGUCGCUACCAGCACGAAGAGACCGUCCAGCACCACGAAGAAACCAAGCUCCCCUGCCAAGAGACCUACCACGAAGCCUGCCAGCUCUAGUUUUGCUACCACUGUCCCAGUUACCACGACAAAAUCGCCGACAACCGUUAACGAUCAGCCAACGAUCGCGACUACCGGUGCAAGUCUUUCGUCUUCUACCGCCAGCAAGCCUACCAGCAGUUUGUCCACCUUGUCGAAGCCUACUACAGUUGUCACAUCGAAACCAGUUCAUAAGCACAAGCCUACUACCAUUAGGACAACCACGUCGAAGCCAUUGACGACGAUUGCGAAACCCUUGACGACGACUGUAAGGACAACGACGACAACCGGCAAGCCCAAGCCUACGAAGGUCGCUACCACGACUACCAAAACCGUGACGAAACUGGAAACCACGGCCACCAUUGAGACGACAACUCUGUCGUCCAGCGAUGCUACCACUGUGCCUGUUACCAAAGUCAGGCCGACGGUUGAGACAACGAAACCUAUGAGACCGGUCACCAGACCUACUGCCAGGCCUGCUAUCACCAUUCCAACGACCGUUGCUAGUAACACUGUGACGUAUAGUUCUGUGCCGCCGUCGGAUGCAGCGACCAGUAAUGAUACAAGCAGAGUACCGGUUCAACCUGUCAAUCAGACCACCGAGGAAAUUCCACAGACCACGCAAGCAGCUGGACUUGUCACGUGGAUAUCCAGCUCGGAUGAUACCACCACUAAGACACCGGAGAUCUCUUCCACGACUAUUCAGAUGGAUCAAACCGAGAGCGAUUGGACGCCGAUCACGACUCCGGACGGCUGGAUCAUGAUCCAGUCGCCCACUACGAAGAAACCGGAGAUCCCGGAGGACACCACGAUCAAACCGACCCCUGAGUCCACGUUGCAGCCGACUACUUCCGAGAAAUCUACGGUGGACACCACUACGGAGUCAGCGACGAAAAGGCCGUCAAUAUUGACGACGCUCUCGACGAUCGCCAGCGUGACGAUAGACACGGAGCUACCAGUGCCGAUGGAGACCCUGAACAUGUCCGAUUACAAGCAAGUGUGCGGAAGGAGAUUGUUCCCGGAGUCCAGAAUCGUCGGCGGCAGUCGGAGUUCCUUUGGAAAAUGGCCCUGGCAGAUCUCGUUGCGACAAUGGAGAACGUCGACGUAUCUGCACAAGUGCGGCGCAGCGUUGCUCAACGAGAAUUGGGCUAUAACCGCUGCGCAUUGCGUCGAGAAUGUACCACCCAGCGAUUUACUGUUAAGAAUCGGCGAGCACGAUCUGGCGAACGAAGACGAACCCUACGGCUACCAGGAGAGGAGGGUCCAGAUCGUGGCGAGUCAUCCGCAGUUCGAUCCUCGUACUUUCGAAUACGAUCUCGCGUUGCUACGAUUCUACGAGCCUCUGUUGCCUUUCCAGCCGAACGUCUUGCCGAUCUGCCUGCCGGACGAUGACGAGAGUUACGUCGGACGGACCGCUUACGUCACUGGCUGGGGCCGUCUCUAUGACGAGGGGCCGUUGCCGUCCACGUUGCAGGAAGUGGCGGUGCCGGUGAUCAACAACACGAUGUGCGAAGGCAUGUACAGAAACGCCGGUUACAUCGAGCACAUACCGCAUAUCUUCAUCUGCGCCGGAUGGAAAAAUGGCGGUUUCGAUUCGUGCGAGGGCGACAGCGGAGGACCAAUGGUGAUCCAAAGGGCACGCGACAAGCGAUGGAUCCUCGCCGGAGUGAUCAGCUGGGGGAUCGGUUGCGCGGUGCCGAACCAACCGGGCGUGUACACUCGGAUCUCCGAGUUCCGUGAAUGGAUCAACCAAAUCCUCCAAUUCUAAUGAUCGGGUCGGACCGGUCGUAGCCGAUCGAUUCACGAGAUCACGCGAAGGGUCGCGAUUCGAUGGCGAACCGCGACUCACCCCACCGGUGUACAUAAUAUAUUAUAUACAAAUCGAUCGCGAGUAUCGUUUCAUCAAACUGCACAGGGAAACACGAUCGAACGUAAGCCACGCGCGUGCAAUAUACUUUCGCCGGAGACGAUUCCGUGUCGCACAUGGCAAUUGGACGCGCGACGCGUGUAUAUGAUAUAUUAGGCGACACCGUGGUCACGCGUCAGGGGAGCCGAGUGCUAUCAGUGGCUUAUCAAUCGAGCGAACUCCACGGACGCUCUGGCCCGGUCACUGAUGCCACCACACGAUACCGUGUCACAACCUCGUUGCAGCCGUUGCAGCUAGUCGACACGUCAGUGUUCUGCAGCGUCGCACCGAACGUUCAACGACGAUGCACGCGACGCUGCCGUCGGAGGGGCGCGUUCGACGAUCACAUUAUCGACGAGUCCUGGCGACCGACACGUCCCCUAGUGAAGAGUACCGUCUAAGUAGAACCGACGGACGAUAACUUUGUCCUUCGAUUCGUUUCGACGGACAUGAAAUUUCUUGCAGGAUCACGCAUCCUCUUUCUUUUAUCGAAUUGUUUAUCGAAUGAACGUUGAGUGGACGAUUACCGUUGAGGUUUGUCGCGUUGGAGUUUAACCCUGGAAAGACUGAGAGAGUCGUGUACGUAGGGAAAGGGGUAGAUGAAUUAGACGUUCUUCGAGUUUCUAUGGUUACUCGUCCAUUGUUUUCGAAUGUUUUGUAAAUUGGAUUGAGACUUCUUGGUCUUUCUAGGUUUAACGGUCAGCUGUUGAAUACGCCAGAGGCUGACGAAAGGGGGAUAACAAUGAUUUCUAGCCUUUUUCUAGCCCGCCAUCACAAGUCUUCCGUCAGCUCUGAAGAGCCGAUCAAACGCACGAUCAUCCCUCGUGACACGUUCCAGGUGUAUCUUGCAUCCUGAUGUAACCGUUUCCACGCGAAAAUCUGUUCGAUAACUUGAACGCGUGUAGAGAAGUGUUUGUAGUAAAAACGAUUCGAGUAAUCGCCAUUGAGUGAUAACAAACGAGACACGUUCCGUAUCACCUGUGAUGCUUGAAAUUCUUGACUAAACAUCGCGGCUCGAGGUUGGGGAGCUCAAUGGUCACAGAAAGAAUUCGUUGCCGUUCAAAAGCGUUAUCAGGCGAAAUUCCUUUUGUGUUCACGGCUUGUUCGUUCCGUUUCUUUCAUCGAAGUCGCGGCGGACGGGUCUAUCAAGCGGUAACAAGAGAUUCGUGUAAAGAAAAAUUAGAUUCCGAUAAAAAAGCGACUUGGCAUGCGAUAACGAGCACGAGAACUCCGUCCCGCCCUCGAUUAAAGGAUCGUCGGAUCGGAAAGAAGGUUUCACGCUUUCCCACGGAUUUUUCCGGCGACUUUUUCCCGAGUUGUCUCUCGCCGUGAUUCCCGCGUGAAAUUCGACCGGGAAAUCGCGGUUACUCGAACGAUAAUGAACGAUAAACGAGCGAAAGCUCCGGGGCCAUUCCGUCGCACACGAUCGAGCGUCCUAACGACGGCGAUCGUAUGCAAAAGAAUUAAUCCGUUCGGGCCACACUUCGUUUCCUUCUUACAGCUCGAGCACCGUGAGACUGUUCCAGGUAAAUUACUUGUACGGAAGAAGUGUCGUCGCGAUUAACUGCUUGGGUUGGAGUUUAAUCGACUGCUCGAGCCACGUGCGCCUGAUUUCGCAAUACUCAAUGGAGAGCAAUCUUCGAUAAAGUAUUCAUCGCGGUUAGAGUACCAUAACGCUGCAUAGAUUAAAGAAAACAUUAGGAAAGAGAUUUCAUUAAUGUUCAACGUCGUGUCGCAAUUAUGCGUGGGAGACGUCGUUCCAAGCCAAGUAAUUAACGACGGAAGGAAUGGCGACCGUGCUUGUCGCUCGCGCGAAAUGAUUUGAAAUUCUUUGAAUCUCUUUAUUUAAUUUAAUUUAUAAAAAGAGAAAUUCAUAUAUAAAUAUAUAAAUAUAUAUAUGUAUACACACACAUGUGCGUGUGCACACAGAUAUGUAGGCCACGUAUGGAUAGAUCGAUAUAUGCGAAACUAAAUAAUUUAUUAUUGUACGCGUUGCAGUCGGGGCUGCAAGCAAUACGAAACUCCCCGAGCUUGUAAA